CCCCCGCGCCGCGCCUGCGCACGCUGUGACCUUUCCGGACGGUGGUUGUGGGUCUGCGCUACGGCCCGAGCCGUUGGUCUGGAGCCGAGAUGCUUCAAAGCAUUAUUAAAAAUGUGUGGGUCCCCAUGAAACCCUACUAUACCCAAGCUUACCAGGAGAUCUGGAUGGGAAUGGGCUUGAUGGGCUUCAUUGUUUAUAAAAUCAGGAGUGCAGAUAAAAGAAGUAAAGCUUUGAAAGCUCCCGCACCUGCUCGUGGUCAUCACUGACCAGCCUCACUCGGAGCGCACAAGAGGGAACGUCCGUCUGCCUGCAGAUCUCAGCACGCUGUGUUAGACGGGAACAUGGAACAUCCCUGUACACUUGUAUAAGUGCCAUCUACUUUGGCAUGAAUAAAUGUGUCGUGAGAUGUACCACACCUGGGACUGCUUCAGUGUGUCCCCGCUCAGCUCCCUCCUGUGUGCCAGGCUUACUCGAGUAGAUCACUUGUAAUGCAGGUGAAUUUCAGACGAAAUCAGAAUCUUACUGAGCCGUUCAUGGUUAGAAGCCUGAGGAACUGAAGGGUAAAUGUCUCAGUUGUCAAAAGAGUUGGUGAUCAGGAUCUAGAAACUCACGUUCUGCUGCUCAAUAAAUGUUUGUUAAGCAUGA